GGAGUCCAGGAAGAGAGUUGCAGAAAGUGGACCAACGUUUGAGCAACGUGAGUUGUGUUUGCUUUUUCUAAACUCUGGUAAAGUCUGAAGAGUCAGCGUCAGUCUGAGAAUAUUAGCAACCACCAGAUAAACGUACCGUGAAGGUCAGACCAUGUCCCUGAAUAAGUCCAUGCAUCCCAGGAACCGCUACAAAGACAAACCUCCGGACUUCUCCUACCUGGCCUCCAAAUAUCCAGACUUCCAGCAGCACGUCCACACUAGCCUGACAGGAAAACCUGUUGUGAACUUCAGAGAGCCGGAGGCAGUGCGAGCGCUGACCUGCACCCUGUUGAAGGAGGACUUUGGUUUGACCAUUGAGAUCCCUCUGGAGCGCCUCAUACCCACCGUCCCCCUGCGCCUCAACUACAUCCACUGGGUGGAGGACCUCAUCGAUGGACAGAAGCAGCCACGCAGAGGCAUCGACAUCGGCACCGGGGCGUCGUGCAUCUACCCCCUGCUGGGAGCCACGAUGAACGGCUGGUACUUCCUCGCCACAGAGGUGGAUGACAUCUGCUUUGACUACGCCACGAAAAAUGUGGAGCAGAACAACCUGUCUGACCUGGUUAAAGUUGUCAAAGUUCCUCAGAAGACUUUGCUAAUGGACGCCUUGAAAGAGGAGACAGAAAUAGUGUACGACUUCUGCAUGUGCAACCCUCCUUUUUUUGCCAACCAGCUGGAAGCGAAGGGGGUAAACUCCAGGAACUCACGGCGACCGCCUCCCAGUUCAGUGAACACGGGCGGGGUGACGGAGAUCAUGGCAGAGGGCGGGGAACUGGAGUUUGUCAAGAGGAUCAUUCAUGACAGCCUGCAACUCAAAAAGCGCCUGCGGUGGUACAGCUGCAUGUUGGGGAAGAAGUGUAGCCUGGCACCUUUGAAAGAGGAGCUGAGGAAGCAAGGGGUGCCUAAAGUGACCCACACUGAGUUCUGCCAGGGUCGGACCAUGCGGUGGGCGCUGGCCUGGAGUUUCUAUGACGACGUGACUGUUCCAUCUCCUCCCAGUAAGAAGCGCAAACUGGAGAAGGCCCGGAAACCCCUGUCGUUCACGCUACCGGAGGCGGGGCUGAAGGAGCUCCAGGCCCGGGCCUCGGCUGUAGGUUGCACCAGCAGCAGCCCUGUUGGCGCCGUCGCCGCUCUGCUGGAGAAGACGCUCACCGACCUGAGGGUUCUGCACAAACGUGUCCCCUGCAGAAAGCAGGAGCAGAGCCUGUUUCUGACAGCUGUGGAGAACACCUGGAUCCACGGGCGGCAGAAGAAACGUGAACAGAGGCGACAGCUGCGAGAGCUUCCCAGAGCGCCUCACUGUGCUGGAACCAGUUCUCAAACCACUGGAACACCUCCACCCUCCCAGAACCAGAACACCUCCACGAACAGCAGCAGCCAGGACAGUAACACCGAGAACGAAGCUACACCUUCAAACGAGCCAGUUAAAGAAGCAACAGCUGACAAAACUGGAGAACAAAAAGUGCUGUCAGAGAGUGGACCAGGUGAGGAUGUGGACAUGGAGUCCUCGACCUGCACAGAACCCGGCCAGGAAGCAGAGCCCCAGGAAGCUGCUGCCUCAGCAAGAGAGCCGCCUUCCAAGCGACCCCUGAGCCCUAGCACAGUCAAACACUUCCUGUUCAAGUGUCUGCUGAACGUGAUGCUGGAGGAGAGCGGCGUGAUGAUCGAGAUGCACUGGGUGGAAGGCCAGAACAAAGACCUGAUGAACCAGCUGUGCACGUACUUGAAGAACAUGCUUUUAAAGACUGUCACAAAGUCCUGAACAAUCAGAGAGGUGGGACCUUUUCCUUUUCAAAACAAAUGUCCUCGUGUGAAAUGAGAUAUUUUUAGAAAUGAUUAUGGAGUUCCUGUCUGCUGCAACAUUUUUUUGUGCAGUUCUACACAGCUUUUGAAAUGUUUUGAUCAACUUUGGAAAAACUUCUGGAAAAUUACAGCAGUAGAUUCACAUAAUCAGAUUUUCUUGUUCGUCUACCUUUUCAGGUAUUUUACACACUGUACUUAAAUAUUUUGUCUUCAGGUUCUCAAAACAUUUGGAAUAAAUGUACAUUUUUACAACA